AUGUCGUUUACAAGAAAAGAUAACAUGAAAAGACAUGCAUUACAGGCACAUAAAACCAUUUUUAGAGAUAAUCAAUCCAAAGAUAAAAGAACGCCAUGUCAUUAUCAAAACUGCAGCCAAGUAUUUUUUCAAAACGUCAAACUUAUUAAACACAUAGAGGAGUGUCAUGAAGGUAUAUUUACCAAAGAAUCUUACAUUUUUUUAUCAGAAUCUGAAAAAGAGGAACUUAAUAGUUAUGUUUUUUUCAGUAAACAAACUGGUAGUUUUUUCACUGGAAAAAAUAUAAAUAAAGAUGUAAAAACAAGUUAUUAUAUUUGUCAAAAUGAUGGUCAUUCAAAACCGCAUUGCUCUGUUAGUAAACCAGCAAGAAAAACUAAUAAAAGGUACUACAGAGGGAGUGUUAAAUCAGGUGCUUUCUGCCCUGCCAGGAUGAUUGUCAAAGUAAACAUAAAUGGUGUCACUAAUGUUCAGUAUAUCAAAACUCAUAACCACAGUAUUGGUAUUACAAAUACCAUGUAUCAACCUAUACCAGGUAAUAUUAAAAAAAACAUUUCCGCUAAAUUAUCAAUAGGUGUGCCUGUAAAUACAGUUUAUCGUGAUCUUAGAGAAAGGUUUGGAGACAGACAAAAUAGAAAUGAUGAAGAUACUGUUUUAACUAAAUCACAUCUUCUUACAAAAAAUAACAUUUCUGAUAUCAGCAGAGCAGUAAAAAAAGGAUGUCGGCUUCACCCUGAUGAUAGCGUUUCAACUUUUUUACUUGUUCAAAAGUUGAAGUCUGAAGAUUUUAAUAGUAUUCUCGUUUAUAAGUCACAAGGACAGCAAACUGUUAUUGGCCCAAAGGUGUAUGAUGACAUUGACCUUAAUAAGGAUUCCUUUGUGGUUGGUAUACAAACAAAGCAUCAACUAUCAAUGUUUGAAACACAUUCAUCUCAAAUUGUUUGUAUUGAUGCUACACAUUGUACCAAUCAGUAUGCAUUCCCUCUUGUAACUUUACUAUUUCGAGAUGAAUUUAAAAGGGGUUAUCCAGUAGCUUUUCUUAUUUCCAAUCAUGCAGAUGAACAAACCAUAACACCAUUUUUAGAGGAAAUAAAAAGAAGAUGCAAUAAUUCUGUAAAAGUUAAUGCUGUUAUGACAGAUGAUGAUUUGUCAGGAUGGAAUGCUUUUACUAAUGUUUUUGGAGAUGUGCGCCACUUGCUAUGCAAAUGGCAUAAAAAACGUGCAUGGCGCAAUAAACUUCCUUUAGUUGGUCCAACUAAUUUACAAGAAGAAGUUUAUAGGAUCUUAGAGACAGUCAUUGACGAAAAAAACCCUGAUGUUUUUUUAUCAACUAUGAAUGGUUUUGUAAAGGCAUAUGAACAUAAAUGUCCUAACUUCAUUAGUUACUUUGUUACAUACUAA